AUGAAUGAUACCACUAAUGCUGCUGCGCAACCCCAUUUGCCUCACGGUGGUAGUGAGGAUGAAACGUUACUGAAGAAUGUGGUGGACUUCCUUGGUAUUAUGUAUAGUAAUAAGUCCAUUGUUGGUGAUGAAAACCGACAAAUGGACGGCGCACACAGCAUUCCAGCCUCGGGGACUGCAGGGCAUCGUUUGAGCACGCGAGCAAGUUUGUACAAACGGGCCCUUGGAACUGUGCAGCCCUCCCACGCCGCUACAAAAAACACGGUACCUCCAGGGGGGACGACAAAAGAUGGGGUGCAAAGGCCCAAAAGUGCGGGUGAGAAUGACUACAUUGGUCAAUUGUUAGAUCACCUUGUGCGAACCUACUCAACGCAGCGAAUCCCUGAUGACUUAGCCGUCUCGCGUGGUGAGCGGCGGGCGAAUCCUGUUAGUAACAGCGACAGAAAAAAUGCAGCAGCCCAAUUAAGUUCGUUACAAAACAUCCCGGAUGACAUCGAUAUGUCAAUUUUUGUUAAUCAGACUCUGGAUUGCUUCUUGCGACCUGGUACACAGCCUAACUCGGCGGGCUCCAUUCUGUCCGCCCUUGAGAUGGACACAAACUUUGCAAAACUGCUGUCCUUCGAAACUCGAAGCAAUCUGCAGUACACCAUGGAUGAGAUCGACGAUAAAACUGAAACACUAAAACCCAUGUUUGUUGGCAAGCAGGCCAUGUUUAAAUCCAUGGGAUCUGCUCAAAAGAGCGAAUCGUCCGAUCACUCUUCAAACAACGUGUGUGCGACCAAAAUACCAUUACCAUGCCUCUCCACAACCCAGAAAGGGUGCGCUGCAGGAACCGGAUCCGUUCUCCCCCCUUCACAGAGCAUGACGUUGGAUUCCAAGGCUUUCGAUUUAUCCCACCCUAGUGAUACCUUUAACGAGCUCGCGAAGGGGGGGGGCACCUCACUGCGAUCCCGCCGUGGAGCGCACGGUGAGCCCUCUUUUUCCGAUCACGUCGACAUGUCUACCUCCAUGAAUGCGUUGAUGAGCCAGGAGGCACUCAGCCGAAACAUCCUGCUUGCGCUCGAGCAGCAGUUGCGAGGCUACAUAGUAUCUGCCUAUCACACUAAGCAUAAACGAUUCGGGACUUGA